AUGCUUCUUUCACAAACCCGGGGGCGUAUGCCCUCUGCUCUGCGGAGCCUCUCCAGGCGGUCCGCCGUCAAUGUUCGUCCCCUCUCUACCACCCUCCCCAAGCAAAAGGCCUCUUCCUCCGAAGACGACAACGCUCUGAACAAGGUCUCCCGCCAUGUCACACAGCCCAUCUCGCAGGGUGCUUCCCAGGCCAUGCUUUACGCUACCGGUCUCACCGAGGAGGACAUGAACAAAGCUCAAGUCGGUAUCUCCUCCGUUUGGUAUAGCGGUAACCCCUGUAACAUGCAUCUGCUCGAUCUCAACCACCGCGUCAAGCAAGGUGUGGAACAGGCAGGCUUGAUCGGCAUGCAGUUCAACACCGUCGGUGUCAGUGAUGCAAUCAGUAUGGGUACGAAGGGUAUGCGAUAUUCUCUUCAGAGUCGUGAUCUGAUUGCCGACUCUAUCGAGACUGUUAUGGGUGGUCAGUGGUACGAUGCCAACAUCAGUAUCCCGGGUUGCGACAAAAACAUGCCCGGUGUGUUGAUGGCCAUGGGCAGAGUCAACCGGCCGAGCAUUAUGUUGUACGGAGGCACCAUCAAGCCCGGUUGUGCCGCUACCCAAAACAAUGCCGAGAUUGACAUCGUCUCCGCAUUCCAGGCCUACGGGCAGUUCCUGAGCGGCGACAUUACCGAGCCUCAGCGAUUUGAUAUUAUCCGUAACGCUUGCCCAGGAGGCGGUGCCUGCGGUGGUAUGUACACGGCCAACACCAUGGCCACCGCCAUUGAGACCAUUGGUAUGACCCUCCCUGGCUCUUCUUCCAACCCCGCCGAGUCCCGCGCCAAGGACCUUGAGUGUCUGGCUGUUGGUGGGGCGAUCAAGAAGCUUCUGAAGGAGGACAUCCGCCCUAGGGAUAUUAUGACCCGCCAAGCUUUCGAAAACGCCAUGGUUGUGGUGAACAUCACCGGUGGCUCGACCAACGCUGUGCUGCACUUGAUUGCCAUCGCUGAUUCGGUCGGCAUCAAGCUGGAUAUUGAGGACUUCCAGUCCGUCUCCGACCGUAUUCCUUUCUUGGCUGAUCUGAAGCCAUCGGGCAAGUACGUCAUGGCCGACAUGCACAAGAUCGGAGGUACCCCCGCACUGCUCAAGUUCCUGCUCAAGGAAGGCCUCAUCGAUGGUUCCGGCAUGACUGUCACCGGUGAGACUCUAGCCAAGAACCUCGAGAAGGUUCCCGAUUUCCCCGAAGAUCAGAAGAUCAUCCGCCCUCUGUCCAACCCCAUCAAGGAGACUGGCCAUAUCCAGAUUCUGAAGGGAUCCCUGGCUCCGGGUGGCAGUGUUGGUAAGAUCACUGGCAAGGAGGGUACUUCUUUCACUGGUAAGGCACGUGUCUUCGAUGAUGAGGAUGAUUUCAUCGCUGCUCUGGAGCGUGGUGAGAUCAAAAAGGAGGACAAGACUGUUGUGGUUAUCCGCUACACCGGGCCCAAGGGGGGUCCUGGUAUGCCCGAAAUGUUGAAGCCCUCUUCUGCCCUUAUGGGCUAUGGUCUCGGACAGUCGGUUGCCCUCAUCACCGAUGGACGUUUCUCCGGCGGCUCUCAUGGCUUCCUGAUCGGACACAUUGUCCCUGAGGCUGCUGUUGGUGGACCUAUUGGUCUCGUCAAGGAUGGUGAUGUCAUCGUCAUUGAUGCUGAGAAGCGCGUUCUCGACCUUGAGGUUGACCAGGAGACUCUCGCCGAGAGACGCAAGCAGUGGGAAGCCGAUAAGGAGGCCGGCAAGCUGCCUCCCACCGGUCUGACUAUGAGAGGAACCCUCGGCAAGUACGCUAGGACCGUCAAGGAUGCCAGCCACGGCUGUAUCACCGAUGCUCUUGAUUAA